UCCUUUAGACUACAACUCCCGACGGGCUGAGCGCCUGGCAGCCGCCCUGUCGGAUAUCCCGGAGGAAGGCAGAAUAGAGUCGGGGGGCCAAAGAAGCUUCCCGGGGGCUCUGCGGGCAGCAGCAGCAGGAGGAGGAGGGGGACUCGGGAGCCAUCAUGAUCCGCUUUAUCCUGAUUCAGAACCGGGCUGGCAAAACCCGCCUGGCCAAGUGGUACAUGCAGUUUGACGAUGACGAGAAGCAAAAGCUGAUUGAGGAAGUGCAUGCCGUGGUUACCGUCCGAGAUGCCAAGCACACUAAUUUUGUGGAGUUCCGAAACUUCAAGAUCAUCUACCGACGUUACGCGGGGCUGUACUUCUGCAUUUGUGUGGACGUGAACGACAACAAUUUAGCUUACCUUGAGGCCAUUCACAACUUUGUGGAGGUUUUGAACGAGUAUUUUCACAACGUCUGCGAGCUAGACCUGGUCUUCAACUUCUACAAGGUUUACACGGUGGUGGACGAGAUGUUCCUCGCUGGGGAAAUCCGGGAAACCAGCCAGACGAAGGUGUUGAAGCAGCUCCUGAUGCUGCAGUCGUUGGAAUGAUUUUGGGGGGGGGUCUCAUCCGCCACCUCAUUGGGGUCCUUUUCUUCCUCUGACCCUGCCGCUUCCUGCCAGCCCCACCUCUCCUCCUCUCCAGUGCCCCGAAUCACAGACUUGCUCGCCCCAUAACCCAGAGCUGAAGGCUGGCAGGGAGCAAGCAUUUGGGGAAGGGGUGUUUCUUCUGUUGUUCCCCCUCCCUGCCUGGAAAGUGGGGUGCCUGUGGAAGAGGGAGAGCUGGCAAGUUAGGGCUGGGUCGCCUCUUUGGUCAAAAGGGGAGGGGGAUUUGAAGAGAAGAAAGCUCCUAUCCUUCCCUCCCUCCCUCUCUCCCACCCACCCACUCAUUCUUGCCAGUUGAUCUCCCACUGCUCUCCACUCUCCGUGUGGCUGGUCUGCUGCCCCUUCCCCAUCUGGCCAUCCAUGUCAAUAUGUUGUGCUGCAUCUGCAGAAGAGGGACCAUGUCUCUGUGCAUGUGUGAGUGUGUGUGUGUGUGUGUGUGAGUACAGGCACCUGUAACAAGUGGAUUUGAGCGAUUCAACUGCCAGUAAAGUGAUGUCUCGAAAUAAACCAUCCAACACUGAAAAAAGAGAA